UGAUCGCUGGAAGGUUUUACUUAUCACUGUGAUCCGCCUCUGACCCUUUUUCUUGAAAUCUCUCCGGUAUCUGAUACCCCUGUUAUCACAAAUUCAUCUCUGUCCUAGCCCCAGCUGUGCAAUCCCAACUACAAAGAAAAGGGUAAAUCAUCAAGCUUUUCAUUCAAAUUACAGUAUUAAUAGUUGCUUGAUUCAUAUACAUAUAUAUAGAUAUAGCAUGCUGAAAUUUGUAAGCAAUUCUGCUGUUUUCAAUUUUAUUCACUUCAACAAAACAUUACAAACCCUAUCCCCAAUUAUUAGUUAUCAAUUGUAUUGUCAUUUUAGUUCAACCCCAUCAUCUAAUUUAGCUCCUAGUGCCUGUCCAACCAAUGUUGCAAUUUUCUGGGACUUAAAUAACAAACCCCCCAAAGAAAUUUCUCUUUUCGAUGCUGCGGUUCGGAUAAAGAAAGCAUCUUUGACAUUUGGGGUUGUUAGGUAUAUGGCGGCUUUCGGUAAUCGAAACUGGUUGAAUUCUGUUAAGGUAGAGGGUAAUGUGAUGAAGGGUAAUAUGGGGAAUGUUAGUAGUGGUGGUGUUAAAGUGGAGCGGAGUUUUUGUGCGGUUUGUGGGAGGCGGUUUUAUAAUAGUGAGAGGCUUGUUAAUCAUUUUAAGCAAGUUCAUGAGGCGGAGCAGAGGAAGAGGGUGAAUCAGAUUGAGUCGGCGAGAGGGAGUAGGAGGGUGAAGUUGGUGGGGAAGUUUUCGAUGAAAAUGAGGAAGUAUAAGAAUGCUGUGAGGGAUGUUUUGAAUCCGCAUGUGGGGAAUGGUUUAUCGGAUGAUUUGAAGAGGGCGGGGUUUUGGGUUAAGGCUAUGUCGGAUAAACGUGAUGUGGCGGGUGAUGAGUUGGGUAAAUGUAUAUUGAAUGUGAUAGAUAUGAGACAGGUUGAAUGUAUGGUGCUUGUUUCUGAUGAUCCGGAGUUUGUGAGUGUUUUGAAGGAGGCGAAAGUGAGAGGGUUGAAGACGGUUGUUGUUGGCGAUAGGCAAGAUGGAGAGUUGAAGAGGAUUUGUGAUGCUGCUUUUUCUUGGAAGGAGAUUAUCUUAGGAAAAGCUAAGAAGCAAGCUGUGUCAGUUGUGGGCCAUUGGAAGGAUCGUGAUGUUUUGAAAAGCUUGGAGUGGUCGUAUAAUCCAGAAACAGAGAAAACUCAGUAGUGAACUUUAUCAAUGGGAUGUUGAGGGCAUGAACACAAAAUUUUGUAUGAUGUAACAAGGGUUCGCUGAUUGACAAAAAGGCUUUACUUGUACAAGAAUCUCAAUUCAAAAAUGGAGCAUAACUUGUAUACCCCCUUGACAGGACAUGCAAAUGCAAUUUUACUGGAUGACAGAGGAUCUCAAACGAAAGCAGCAAUCACCGGAAGAUGGCGUUACUAAACUCUAUUAAGUAUGGAGGUUUCAUAUAUUGUACUUUGUGUUGUGUGAUUCUCCAGCAUUGUAAUUCUGCACAAUUGGAUCCAGAAUGUAGUCCGUAUAUAUUAGCAACUUGUUCUUGGAGUAUCGUCUUGGCUAACAUUCUCCGACGAACAGAAGAAUGAACAGGAGUCCACUGUAAUCACUCGCAUAUGUUUCUGUAGCUUGGAGUUCCGAAUUGAAAUGGCAGCCUGGCCAUCAGUAUUUGGAGCAUCAGGAGAUCAUUGUGAUUAAUUGUCUUUAAGCCUGACAACUGUUAAUUGUUCUACAAGAACAACAUCCCAUGCAAGUAUUUGUCCUCUAUGGAUCUUAGAUAUGUUCAUUGGCAAAUAUUAAACCAACAAACGGUUAUAUGGUUAUUUGUCCUCUAUGCAGCACUUAUGUGACAAUUUAAUUAUAUGCGGAUGAAAAACAUGUAUAUAUAGAAUAGUUACUUUUGUAUAUAGAAAAAUGCAUACA